AUGGGCAGUGACGUCCCGGGCAUUCAGGGGGCCCCCAUAAAUAGUUACCGCCAGACUUGUCCUCCAGCGCGAGCUGCGGCGGGAGCGCGGCGCUCCCGGGGCACCGCGGGCACCGCACCGCCGCGACGGGGCGGCCGCCCGCCCGCACAUGCCGCGCCGGCUCCCCGCCGUCCCCCCGCGCUGGUAGUGGGAGGCAGGGGGAAGCGCCCCCUCCUCUCCCUCCCCUCCCCGCCCCGAGUGCCCACCGCCGGCCGGGAGCGCCGCUCCCCCGGCCGCCCCGCUGCCCCCAUGAUGACCGCCAAGGCGGUAGACAAGAUCCCGGUGACCCUCGGUGGGUUCGUGCACCAGCUCCCCGAGGGCAUUUACCCGGCGGAUGACAUCUCCGCCGCGCUGCCAACUUCGGUCGCGAUCUUCCCCAAUGCCGACCUGGCAGGGCCGUUCGACCAGAUGAGCGGUGUGGCAGGAGACGGCAUGAUCAACGUGGACAUGGGCGACAAGCGGGCCCUGGACCUGCCCUACGGUGGCGGCUUCGCCCCCAAUGCUCCGGCUUCCCGCAAUCAGACCUUCACCUACAUGGGCAAAUUCUCCAUCGACCCGCAGUACCCUGGCGCCGGUUGCUACCCCGAGGGCAUCAUCAACAUCGUGAGCGCGGGGAUCCUGCAGGGGGUCAGCACGCCCUCCUCCGCCGCCUCCUCCGCCGCCUCCUCCGCCUCCUCCGCCGCCUCCUCGGCCACCGCCGCCUCCGCCACCUCCCCCAACCCGCUGGCCGGGGCCCUCGGCUGUACCAUGGCUCAGGGCCAGCCAGCCGACCUGGAGCAUCUCUACUCGCCUCCGCCGCCGCCCUACUCGGGCUGCGGUGACCUGUACCCGCAAGACCCCUCCUCGGCUUUCCUGCCCGCCGCCGGCGGCGGGGCACUGCCUUUUCCCCCGCCGCCCUCCUACCCCUCACCGAAGGCGGCGGCGGCCGACGGCGGGCUCUUCACCAUGAUCCCCGAGUACGGAGGCUUCUUCCCGCCGCCCCAGUGCCAGCGGGAGCUCCACGCCGGCCCCGACCGCAAGCCCUUCCCCUGCCCCCUCGACUCGCUCCGCGUCCCGCCGCCCCUCACGCCGCUUUCCACCAUCCGCAACUUCACGAUGGGGGCGCCCCCGGCGGGCGCCGCCCCCGGCAGCGCUCCCGGCAGCGGCGGGGGCGAGGGUGCGGGCGCCCGGCUGCCCGCCGGCGCCUACAGCCCGCACCACCUGCCGCUGCGGCCCAUCCUGCGGCCCCGCAAGUACCCCAACCGGCCCAGCAAGACUCCGGUCCACGAACGGCCCUACCCGUGCCCCGCCGAGGGCUGCGACCGCCGCUUCUCCCGCUCCGACGAGCUCACCCGGCACAUCCGCAUCCACACGGGCCACAAGCCCUUCCAGUGCCGUAUCUGCAUGCGGAACUUCAGCCGCAGCGACCACCUCACCACCCACAUUCGCACGCACACCGGCGAGAAACCCUUCGCCUGCGACUUCUGCGGCAGGAAGUUCGCCCGCUCCGACGAAAGGAAGCGGCACACGAAGAUUCACCUGCGCCAGAAGGAACGAAAAGGAGCCGCCGCCGCCGCCGGCGGGUGCCCGCAACCCGGCGGGGGGAGCGGCACGGCCGCCCUGGCCCCCUGCGCGGCGCGGACGCGGACGCCCUGA